AUGUGCAAUCGGUCUCAAGCCGUGGCAUUAGAGAUCAAGAAGCUGAGAGUCUAUGGGGACUCGUUGAUCAUGAUUUGUCAAACUCAAGGGAAGUGGAAGACAAAGAACGAAAAGCUGAAACCUUACCAAGAACAUUUGGAGGACUUGGUCAAGAGCUUUGAUGAAAUCACCUUCGAAUAUUUGCCGAGGGACAAUAACAGAUUUGCCGAUGCCCUAGCUACUUUGGCUUCAAUGGUUGAAUGCACUCCAAAUACUCAAGUUCGUCCAUUCUUGGUCGAUAGAAGGCAUGGAUCAGCAUAUGAAGAGUCAGUAAAUGUUCUGACAACUGAUGGGAAGUCAUGGUCUGCACCCAUCAUUGACUUCAUUAGAGAAAGGAAAUAUCCUCCGAAUUCCACAGUCUAUGAAGAGAAGAGGUUGCAAAAGCACGCCACGCAGUUUGUACUUCAAGGCUACCUACUAUACAAAAGGUCCUCCAAUGGUAUACAACUACUAUACGUAGAUGAGGAACAACCCAUAUCAUCAUGGAAGAAAUCCACCAGGGAAUCUAUGGGCCGCACAUGA